CGCGAGCGCCGGCGUUGGCGUCCCGCGGUCGGCAGUUUCCCGCCGGCAGCGCUCCUACUCCGACGACGGUCCACCCCGCUCUCUUCCCCCGUGGCUUCGGGAAAAAACGCGUGGUUCGGCAGGAGCAAAGAACGUUGCGUGGUGGCUCCCUCCAUGUCGCCCCCAGCAGCGCUGCUGCCGGCGGCGUGCGCCGCGCGGCUCGGAUUUUACUGCCUCUUGUGGAUUACCGCCGUCGUCAAAGAAACGAGCUGCCUGCGGCUGCUGGAGAUGAAGGUGCCGUCUGCCGUGAUCCAGGGGCGCAGCAUGUGGCUCAACUGCACCUACGACCUGGAGUCGGACGAGCUGUACUCGGUCAAGUGGUACAAGAACGACACCGAGUUCUACCGCUACAUUCCCAGGGACAGGCCACCGGCGCAGAACUACGACCUGCCAGGAGUCGUGGUCGACAUGGUCAAGUCGCGGGAAGGCAACGUCUUCGUGGCUGCCGUGAACCUUUCCACGGAAGGGAACUACAGGUGCGAGGCCUCUGCCGAGGCGCCGUCUUUCCAGACCGUGGUCGGAGAACGCGAGGUCAAGGUGUUUGUGAUACCCGACCAGAGGCCAACGAUUCACGGCACAAGAGCAAAGUACAACGUCGGAGACCGCGUAGACGUGAUUUGCAAGGCUCCAUUCUCUCUGCCUGGCGCAAAGCUGGUCUGGCUCGUCAAUGACGAAGAGGCCAUGUUCCACCAGGUGCGCGAGUACGAGUCCCUAUUCGACGUGAACGGGCUGCAGAGCACCAGCCUGGGCUUGUCGUUCGAGGUCCGGCCCAAGCACCUGGCCAGCAGCGCGCUCAAGCUCAAGUGCGUCAGCGUCAUCUCGGAGGUGUUCCUCAUGUCCAGCGAGGAGUUCAUCGUCGGGGACACCGUGCCUUCCAUCCCCUACCCGGAGACCAGUCCGAACAGCCCGACGAUCGAAGGAGGGCUGCCGAAGUACCGGAUCAACGACCUGGUCAAUCUCACCUGCCGGUCUGCAGAGUACGACGAGCCGCCGGAGCUCAUGUGGUACAUCAACGACAAGGAGGCACGUCAAGAAUACCUAGUACGGCGGCCGCUUCAGAGGUACCCGAAGUUCCUGGCAACACUGGGGCUCUUUUUUCGCGUCAGGCCGGAACACUUCGAGGACGAGCGGAUGCACCUGCGCUGCACAGCCACGCUUUCGCACGUCGUCAACAUCAGCACAGCCGAGAAGACCAUCAGCAACGACCAUCGUAGCUCCGGCUUCAGGGCCUCGGAUGAAAGUUCCAACGAAGGAAUAUCGUUAUGGACGUCCUUUUUCUCAAGCCUUCUCGUCUGCUUCGUUGUGCUCGAACUAUGAAAACACGCCGGCAACUCCAAGAGUGAAAGAAGUCAGCAAAAAUAUUUAUGUUAGCCUUUUUGUUCUGUUGUUAAUACGAGUUCAACAUAAAGCGUCCUUAAUCUGCGCGCAAAAUUACAAACGCUUAUGAAUUGCCAGUGAGGAGAGCGUGAAGUAGGGCGAAAGUUUCGUGGCGAGUACUAAUGAAAGCCAAGAAGAGCGUGACCAGUGGAGCGGAUUGUUGCCGCGGUUCUCUGGAUUAACGGUGGAAUUUUAGAAUGCCGUGCAAGGCUUGAAGCACGCAAAAAUACUAGAGCCGCCAAAUUAUCUAAGCAUAGAAGCAACGUAAUAGAGGUCACACGUUUCUGCAGGAUUACUGUAGUCAACUGCGGUCAGCUUUCGCUGACUUACCUGACGGAGAGAGUACGAAGUGCUUUCAACCCGCCUACUACUUAAUUUGUAAUUGGCCGCGAAAAAACAAAAUGGCCCCAUCAGUCUCCUAACGAAAGAUCUGAAACGCAGAUUCGCUCCUCGGAAUCACGUCUGGCGCCAACAGCACCGCUAAACGGAAUGACAGCACUCAGUAAGAACCUUUACUCGACGCAGAAAGAGCGCAUGUCUGCCGUGGUGGCGAAAGGAUGUCGAUAUUAAAAUCCUAGCUGUCAACUGACUUUACAACACGAAAUGGGUGUGCCAGGUUUAAAGCUGACAUAGCCUCGCUUGACUUCACCGUAUCGUCUUCUAUGUCAGCUUCGCUCGGGGGUAAUAUUUUUUUCAGACCAGUCGAAUGAGCUUGAGCACAACGUGACACGCUCCCCUCCAUGAAGCUCAUUUGAUCCGCGAUAAAGCACGAUAUUGAAAUCUUGGAUUUAUGCGUUUGGUACAAGAUGCCUUUGGCGUGAUGAGUCAGGCCAAAUGUUGGUUGGUGGAUCGGCAUUGCGCCGGAGCAUUCAGCAAAUGAAUGUUGAAAUACCAUCUCUGCGUCUCAGCUGGAAUAGGUUGUCAAAUGGUUAAAAACUGAGCCUUUACUUAUAAAAGGCAGUGCCGAUGCCAUUACUUCAUCAAUGUAACGAUGCCUGUCGUAUCAGUAGUCUCGUAUUGGCCAAAAGUACGGCAUGGCUCAAAGAAGAAAGCGUAUACCGCUGGCGCACCCAGAAAUAGGGGCAAAUGGAAAAAAAAAAUACUUUUAAGUCUUUCAUGUUCUAGAAAAAAAAGAUCCGCGCUGACUAUUAAAAAAAAGAAGAGACAUUGAGUGCGCAAAAUGUGCCUGUCCUCACACAAAGAGAUUCGCAUCGCCCCCUCUAAAUUAAUCUUGAAGCAAGGGUUUGACAAUUGCUUGAGAAGGCUGGUAGUUCAGCAAGCAAAGUCUUACAACAUUCCAUGCAAUGUAAAUUCCGCCAAGUUGUGUCACGCUGGGAGGCACGUUAGUCCCCCCCCCCCCCCCCCC